CGGGCUUCCAGGGACCAUUUAAAUGCUGCAACUCCAAGAGAUUCACACAGAAGACUGAACACAAUUUGGAACAGCCACCCAGAAGGGGACGACAAUGUCAACACUACCUGUGCCAUACACACAGGCUGUGUCCCUGCGUAUUGGUACUUCUGUGACAAUUAGAGGGAAACCUGUCCAACCUUUCAUCAAUGAACCUCAGCUACAGGUGGAUUUUCACACCGCGAUGGAUGAGCUCUCAGACAUCGCUUUCCAUUUCAAAGUGUACUUUGGCCGUUAUGUGGUCAUGAACAGCUGUGAGAAUGGGGUCUGGAAGCAGGAGCUGAAAUCCAACAAGAUGCCCUUUGAGGAUGGCAAAGAGUUUGAGCUUUGCUUUAGAGUGGUGGACAAUGGGUACCAGAUAAUGGUCAAUGGCCAGUUCUAUUACACCUUUGAAAAUCGACUCCCACGAGAGUCUGUGAAGAUGGUGCAAGUCUGGAGAGAUAUCUCCCUUACUUCAGUGUAUAGCUAGAAUCAAGAGUGACAGCCAGACUCUUCACUUUAAAUAAUUCCUGUUUCUAUGUGGCCAUGGAUUCCCAGAGCUGGCUAACAACAUGAUCUCUCCUGACUUCAGUUCUUACACUUGCUCAUUAAAACUUCAUCAAACUUUACAGAA